UGGACCAAUACACGGCAGAGUCGGCAUCUUCGUGCGUCUGUGAUGCAUCAGUUAUGCAUGUUGCUCGUCACACUCACAACCCGCCUGGUUCUGGCGCUUGGAGUGCGAUAGACCGACUGGAUGCUCUCGCUCGGUCUGCGGGGUAAACCAGGCAUGUUGAUCACGGCCCACUUGGUUUCAAUGGCUUAUGUUCGCGCAACAUGACAUUGGUGCGUUGUGCAGAAUCGAUGCUGGGGGGGGUUACGUGCGACCGUGUGGUAUAAGUACGUGGUGAAGAAGCAGAUCUGGGUUGAAUGUCGUACAAGGCCCAGUUCCUCUGCCAUUCCCCUUAGUUCGCUGUCGAGAUGACCCAUAUUCUGCAAGAGGUUUUGUCUGGUGGAUGGCGCGCCGUUGUUAUGGUGCCCGUGUUGGCCUUUGCAUUGGGAAUCCUAUACCUCGUUGGGCAACCCGUAUAUAACAUCUAUUUGCACCCUCUCGCGCGAUUCCCCGGUCCCAAGCUCUUCGCAGCUUCUCGCAUUCCAUACCUACGAGCCGUCGUUGGAGGCCGACUGGCCCAGGUCCUAGAAACCCUGCACAAUGAGUACGGCGAGGUAGUCCGCAUAGCGCCCGACGAGCUGGCCUUCACCAACGGGGAGGCAUGGAAGCCCAUCUAUGGCACGCGCAUUGGGCACAGCCAGAAGCCCAAGGAUAUGCGGGUCUUCGCGCCUCCUGCCAACGGCCAUCCGACAAUCAUCCAGUCCAACGAUGCCGACCAUUCUCGCUUUCGACGCCUUCUGUCCCAUGCGUUCUCGGAGGCCUCGUUGCGCGGACAAGAACCUAUCAUCAAACAGUACAUCGAUCUCCUGAUCCAGAGGCUUCAUGAGAAUGCCAGCGAGACCGAGCCAGUCGACAUGGUCGCGUGGUAUAACUUCACCACUUUCGAUAUCAUCGGGGACUUGACUUUCGGGACGCCGUUCGAUUGUCUCCAGAACUCGAGGUAUCAUCCAUGGGUGUCGAUCAUUUUCGGCCAUAUUCAAUUCGGCGCUUAUUCAAACGUAUAUCGGCGGUUCCCGUCGCUCAAGACCAUAUUGCAAAUGUUCAUUCCGAAGGAAGUAAUGGACCGGAGAAAGUGGCAUUAUGCAAUUACCCAGGAGAAGGUGAAUGGUAGACUAACAAGUUCGAACGAGAGGCCCGAUUUCUUCAGUCAUAUCCUGAAGCACCACGAGACCGAGAAGGGCAUGACCGUCGGCGAGCUGGAGUCGAACGCCAGUACCCUUGUCGUCGCUGGGUCAGAGACCACCGCGACCUUACUGGCGGGUGCUACUUAUUACCUUCUCAAAUCUCCUCGUGUGCUGGCCAAACUGGAGGAGGAAGUGCGGAGUGCAUUCAAAUCCGACAGCGAGAUCACUCUUGCCUCGUGCAACCAGCUUACGUAUAUCCAUGCCGUGAUUAACGAGGCCUUGCGCAUGUAUCCUCCGGUCGCAGUGGGAUUGCCCCGAAUUGUGGAUGCGCAGGGCGACAUGAUUGCCGGGCAAUGGGUUCCACCAGGUACGAUUGUCUCUGUAUCCCAAAUGGCGGCGUAUCAUUCUCCAGCCAAUUUCACCGAGCCCGAGAGUUUCAUUCCGGAGCGAUUCCUCGGUGACCCUCGAUUUGAGAAUGAUAGCAAGACUGUCCUGCAGCCGUUCAGCUUUGGGCCUCGGAAUUGCAUCGGACGGAACCUCGCGUACGUUGAAAUGCGCAGCAUCUUGGCUCGCAUGGUAUUCAACUUUGACAUGAAGUUGUAUGACCCCAGUCUGAUAUGGGAAGACCAGCAGAACUUUGUUCUCUGGAAUAAGCCGGAAUUGCCGGUUCUACUUAAGUCGAGAGCACCGCAGGAAUAGUGAGUAAGUAGGUCGCUUAGCAGAGGGUUGAUGUUUGGAAUAAUGCAUUUGCUCUAAUCAGCGCGAAGGAAAGGAAGGCAACAAUUAAGUAAAUUGUUUUUUGCUUGUCAGAAAUCAUCGAUAGCAGGCCCUGUUCACAGUGCUCUCAACCCUUUAGUCAUACUCAAGUUG